AUGGAACCAAGUCAAUCAAGAUCAAGUCGAAGAAUUCUGAAGCAUCAAGCACAAAAAGAGCCUCUAAGGCCAAAUCAAAAUCAGUCUUUCCAAGAUCCAAACAUUAACAGAGAAUCUACAAUUCAAAAUAAAGGACUCAUCAAUAUUAACCUUGGAAUUCAGCCUAAUAUAAACAACUCUGCAAAAGAAUUUCCAAAAAAAGCCGAAGAAAAUAAAAACGACCAAAAUUCUGAAGAAGAAAACAGUGCGCAAAAAACAGACCCUGAAAUUGAAGACAAGGCUGAAAUGGAUGAAGAGCACAUUUCAAUGGAAGAAGAAUGGCAAAUUUUGGAUUUUAUUCAAGCGAAUGAUUUCUUAAGAAAUCUUUUUGAUAUGGAUCAGCUAAUUAUGAGCGGAAAAAAAUUAAUUUAUGAAGGGUAUGAAGGAUCCACGCUAGAAAAGUAUUUUCAAUGCUUCAGCAUUAAUUCAGGAAUUAUUAAAGAAAUUAUUGAAAUACUUAACGCGGUUUACAAUAGCGGGAUUGAGUUUACAAAAUUUCCAAGAGACCAUAUCAUUGUGAAUGGAUUUAUGCCUGAUGUAUCUUUUAAAUUUAUCCCAAGAAGACUUUCAAAAAUUGCAGAAAAGGUAAAAAUACCAGAUAAUAUGACCCCUCAGCAAGCAAGAAAAAAGUACCUAAUAAAAAUGCAAAAAGAAGCAAAUGAAUUUCUAAUGAAAAUGAUCCCUUUAAAAUGCCACACAAAAAUGUAUGUGUCAGUUCAUGAUAUCAUACCUCCUAGUCACCUUCAAUUUAGUGAAAUUACUUCAGGCAGCUAUUUACUGGAUAAAGGUGGCUUUGGCGAAAUCUAUCAAAAUGAGCUUUUUGGUAAAAAAGUAGCAAUAAAAUUCCCUAAAGAAAAUCCAGAAGAUGAAAAAAGUGAAAAAAAAGCAGUUGACAGAAUUAUAAAAGAAUACCAAAUAAUGAAACUCUUACCCCACGAUAAUAUAGUUGCUGUAUAUGGAAUUAUUAAGUAUAAAAAUAGGACUGGGAUUGUAAUGGAGUACUGCAAUCAAGGAAAUUUAAAUAAAUACUUGAAUGAAAAUCCUGAUGUUAAUAUUUCAGCAAGAUUUAAUAUUUUACUUGGUUCUGCGAUGGGAUUGGAAUUUGUGCAUUCCAAAAGAAUCUGCCAUUUUGAUAUAAAACCUUCAAAUAUCUUUUUAGCUGGCACUUAUGAUCCAUGUCCAAAGCUUGCUGAUUUUGGCUUAUCUGAGCAUUUAAAAAAUGUUAAAAAUAUCAGGCCAGGAUUCACUUUGUUAUACUGUUCUCCAGAGCAGAUAAGAGGCUCAAGCCCAAAUGAAAAAUCUGACGUUUGGUCAUUUGGGAUGUGUCUUUAUUACAUUUUGCAUACAAGGCCACCUUUCGACUAUUUAGAAUCCGCAAAAGGGCAUAGACUAUCAAGGAAAGAGUUUUAUAAUGAAUUAAAGAAAAAAAGCAGAAGACCAAGGGUUGAUGAAGAGUAUGAGUACGAAUACCCAAGAUUUGUAUCAUUAAUGAGAGAAAUGUGGACUGAAGACCCAAUAAGGAGACCCUCCAUGAAAGACGUGACUUACGGUCUCAAAAAAUCAAUAGAGAUACUGAAUUCUAGAAGAAGGUAA